GCGCCUCUUCAUGCGCAUACGAUUUGAAGUCAUCAAAAGCGACAACAUUGUCAGACAAACAUUAUUUCAUUUCCAAUGCGUAAGUUACUAGGAAGACUUUCACGCUCAUUUGGACGUACAGGUUCAAGGCACUCUUCCACUCCUAGGCCCGUUACCGUUGAAAAUAAUACAAAUAAUCCACAAGUACAGUUUAUUCCGACAACCGAGGAAAACAAUAUGGCGGAUCGUGCACCGGAAGUUAAAGCCACUGAUUCCGUGAAAAACAUUCAAAACAAUGAUUUUACUGCACAAAAUGGUGAGCCCGGAGAGAAAAUGGUAAAGCAUAUGUGUAGAGCUGCACAUGAACUUUUAUCCGAAAGAUUGAGACCGCUUACAACAUCACACAAUUGGAAAGAGUUGGCUGAUCUUCUCGGCUUCAACUACGACGAGAUACUGGCAUUCGAGACGGGAAACGACCCUGUUGAAGCUUUAAUAAGACUUUGGGAAUUCCGCGACAAUGACGCUACAAUAAAACGACUAAAGUCUUGUCUAAAAAGCAUGGAAAGAGAGGAUAUUCUUCAAGAUCUGAAGCCCUUCGAAGAAAGCACCCUAACUCCAAAUGAAUUUAGAAGGCAACAAGAGGAAAGAUCCUUUGGCCUUCACAAUAAUUCAAAUCUAACACACCUCCCAGAUGACGAAAUGUAUGAUGCAUUUGUCUGCUAUGCACCAGAAGACGUAGAAUUUGUAAAACAAUUGUUGCAAAAAAUGGAGGGUCCCCCAUAUAAUCUGCGGCUAUGUGUUGAUUACCGGGACAUCCUGCCUGGUGCAUCAGAACUGCAUGGAAUAGCUCAUAUUAUUGAAGAGAGGUGCAGGAAGAUCAUCGUGAUAUUAUCUCCAAACUUCAAUAGGAGUGCAAUGGCUGACUUCCAGGCUCAAAUUGGGCUAUCCUUGUCACCAGAUUGUAAGCAAAGGCGGCUUAUUCCCGUCAAGAUCGAGCAUUGCACAAUCCCUAUAAUCUAUCGAUUCAUCACUCACGUGGACAUGACGAGAACAGAGGUUGUGGAGUUCAUUUGGGGAAACUUAGCAAGAUCUCUUGGAGAGAGAGCUGAUAUUGUAGCAUUAUAGAUACAUAUAUUUUUGUAGAAUACAUUUUUAGGUGUAAGUACACAGACACUUGGACAUUUUUUUUUUUUGCUUAACUUACAAGAAAUAAAAUUAUCUGGCGCUUUCUCAAGUUCGUUUAGAACAAGAAAGUCUCUAAGAAAUUUUAGUUUUCUAGAGGUUUUUCCGACCUGAUAUUCUGCUGGACUUAGCUAGUAUUACUGUGGCCUGGUAUCGCCAUAUUUUAAUGUAAACGCUCUAUUGUCAUUUACAUAGAUGCCAAAUCACUUUAUCUCACUCAAUUUGGAUUGUAUUCAAAUCCUGAUGUGAGAUGGCUUGGUUAAAAUACAAUAAAAUAAAAAAUUGAUAUCAGAAA